GUUGUGAUGAUAAAAUAUUGGCGUCAGUAAAGGAAAGUCCCCAGGACAUUUUCACAGAUAUUGUUUUAUUUGAAGUUAAACAAGAGUGUCAUCAUGUCAAUUUCCAGGUUUUUAACACAGCUGCUCAUAGCCCAAAGAAACUCCUCCUCCCGUGCCGAUUUUAAUCUUGCGCUCGAUCACCUGCAGCAAACAUUCAUACAGGUAAAGGUGCGGUAAGCGUUUCCGCCUCUAGGCUCACAGGUGAGCAGUUGUGUCCUGGAGCACCGCUGCCAUGGCCGAGUCUCAGUUGAUAUGCAUGGACGAUGAACACAUUAAUGUUAAGAUACCAGAAUCCAAACCGGAAUUUUAUUACAGCGAGGCGCAGCGGGCCGCGCUCGAGCAGCUCUUGAAGAACGGUGAUGGCGCUUUUAAGAUGUGUCUCAAAGAGGAUGACGUCAAGGACUUUCUUUCGGCCAGGGAAAUCAAAUAUAUGCGGGACACCUUUCAGGAAUAUGACAGUGACUCAGACACCUAUUGCUCGCAGUCGCCCCACGAUACGAGUGAAGACUCGGGUGUUCACUCGACUUACUGGCCGACAAUGUCUGACACGGAGAUCCCUCCGCUGGACAUCGGUUGGCCCAGCAACAGCUAUUACAAAGGGGUGACCCGAGUGUCGGUUUACACACACCCACCCAAAACGAACGGCCCACAUAUUAAAGAGGUGGUGCGCAGACUCAUUCAAGAAUCUACAAAGGUGGUUGCUGUGGUCAUGGACAUGUUGACAGACCUGUUGAUCCUGCAGGAUCUCUUUGAUGCUGCAAGUAAGAGAGGGGUGGCUGUAUACUUGCUGCUGGAGGAGCACGGCUUGCCACACUUCCUGGACAUGAGCAGCAGACUACAGAUUUCUGCACAACACAUGAGGAACCUGCGCGUGCGAACUGUGAAAGGCUCUGGAUUGGCUCUGUCAUUUGGUCGUCUGCCAGGAUCGCUGUGCUCCAAAUAUAUGUUGGUGGAUGGAGAUAAAGUGAUGUUUGGAUCAUACAGCUUUACAUGGAGCUCCUCCAGAAUGAACCGGAACACAAUCACUGUGAUGUCAGGACAAGUUGUAGACUUCUUUGACAAUGACUUCAGAGAGCUGUACGCUGUGUCUGACACAGUGGACCUAUACCAUGAGUUUCAUGUCACUAAGCCAUCCCUGAUUGUUCCUGUGCUGAAAAUGCCAGCACAACCCAACAUACAUGCAGUUCCCGUGUCCACCUCUCGCUUCCAAGUCUCUCUAGAGGACACCAAACAGACUUAUCUUAAGGUGCCGGCACAUAAAUACCACAAUCCAAAGUACUCUUUGGUUGUUGGCAACAGUCUGGGUAUGACUGGCUCCUUGCAGGAUCUUUCUACGCUAAGGGACUGUGUUGACCAUGGCACUGUGAAUAACAUGGAAAAAUUAAUCUACACCAAUGGGGGCAGUAUAUGCCCACAGUCCCCAGUGUCCCCAGAUAGGACAGAGGACAGUAAAGGUGAUGAGAGGAAGCUUUCAACUUCUAUUUCUAAAAAGCAGAGUUCUUCGUUCCUUACUUUCCUAAAAGUCAGGGCAAACAACCAGAGUCUGGACUCGAACUCAACCAAUCAAAGCAAAGAUCCAAAACAGGUCAAUCAUAGCAAGGACACUAAGGUAACCAAUAACUCCAAAGAAGCACCUUGGUUGUCCAGUCAGAUCAAGGAAGUACAACAAGAGGAUGCAUCCAGACACAUAACUCCCAUAUCAGCUUGCAAGAUCUCAGAGACUGACAGCACUGGUGAACUUGAGGACAACUUUGAGAUAAUAGAGAGUCUACCAAUGGUGAAGUUUAAAGGCAAAAAGAGCAAAAUGGGUCAGAGGAGUAUAUCUCUUCAUGCUAUUUCUGCAGAUGGUGAGGAUGGCCUGAGAGGGCGGAGGCGUCACCAAAAGAAGACUUGUAUUCAGUCCUGAGAUAUCCAUUCUCAGCGAGAGGCAUCGACAUAAACAUGUGCUUACAAACAAGGUCUUUAGAUACUAAGACAGGUUAAACAGGAAUAUUAAAGGGACAGUUCACCCAAAAAUUAAAAUUGUCAUUUACUCGCACAUGUUGUUUCAAACCUGGAUGACUUUCUUUCUUCCAUGGAACAAAAACAGAAAUGUUAGGCAGAAUAACUGCCUCAGUCAUCUUUCAAUUUUAUGGUAUGAAAAAAUUAUGAAAUAAAUUAAAUGGUAAGAGACUUAACAUGACGGUGAGUGAAUGAUGACAGAAUUUUCAUUUUUGAGUGAAUUAUCCCUUUAACAAUAUACUGUUUACUGUAACUUUAAAGAGGGAAUUUCCUCAUUAUGGUAACAUCCAGAAAUGAGUAAACAAUAUUGGACAAGAUGGGGAAAGUGAUUAUCCCUAAAAUAAUAUUGACUGAAAUUUGAGAGGAAUGUAAGUUUGUUAGAACAGCCUACAGAAUGCUGAAAUUGCAAGGAGCUGGUCUCACAAAGAAUGACUGAAAGAUAGUGCUCACACAGAGAUCGUGUGACAUCCUGUUGUAAGAUAUAGCUCAUUUGUGGACAGCAGUGUGCACAGUUUGAAAAUGUGAACAUGUAAGCUUAUUUCUUUCUGAAUGUCAGAAGUAUUUCCUGUUCAGUAGAUGCUUGAUAUUUGCACUACAAAUCCUUACUGUCCAAAUCAGUUCCACUUACCCAAUGUUCAAUUUUGUGUCAUAAAGGAAUGAGGAAAAAGUUAAAGUUGAAAGAUGAGCAACUAAAGAAAACAGUGCCUGAUCACUAACCGUGACUGUGCAGCUUGUUUGUUCAAAAUAUUGAAAGACCAAACCCAGCUAUGUAAAAACCCAUGCCACUGUUGCUUGCAUGGAAUCAUCUGUACAGGUUUGAUGUAUUUUAAACAUUGUAAUUGUCAUAGAUGGUUACUUGAGUUUGUGAAUUAUUUCUUGUAUCCAGCUUAAUAUGCAGAGUCAGCCAUUAGUAAACCAUUUGUAGUUUAAUUUCACCAUAAGUGUUACACUGUGACUCUUUUGCACUAUGAUAACAUUCCUCUGCAACCAGCCUCAGCACUGAAACAUUGCCUCAAGUUUGGGGCAGGACUAUCUGUUUGUAUGGAAGGAUGGGGAGUUUUCUGGUAUCUGUUUGAAAACAAUGAUUAUUUUUAAAAUUCCAUUUGGUGCUUCUAGUAGCAAGCAGCACAGAAAUAAAAGUAAACAGUGGACUUAACGGUGAACAUGAGGCUUUAGUUCUACAAUGAGAAAUAUUUCGCCUCAAUAUCAUGACUGUUUAGAUAUGAUAAUUCUCUCAUGGACUCUGUUGAGUAUGUGCGGUCAUUUGCUCCUGUAACACAAAGAUAACAACUGGUUUACUGUAGUAAGGUUUAAAGACUUCUAAAGGAUCAGACAAGUACAGCACACAACAAGCAUGCAGUUUUUGUUUUAGAUUUGACUUGUGACAAAAGACUUUGUAUCAGAAACUGUCUGUUAUUUUUACAAUUCCUGCAACACUCUGUUCUGUUCCUUGAAAGAAUGUAAUUGCCUUAUGGCACCUUGAAUCUAUAGAUGUAAAGCACUUUUUUUAGAUAAUGAUGAUUGCAAAUAAAUAAAGGU